GUUCUGUGCUGUAGGGUUGGUAGACAUAAAUAAAUAAAGGUAGAUUAGUGAGAAUGUGAGAAAUUAAAAAAAUACCCGAAGAAAUCAAGGAAUAUUCGAUAUGAUUUGAAUUGACGAUUAUCGAUCUUCAAAAGCUGAAUGAUUCCAGAGAAGACUUGAACUAGUGCAUUCAUAAGCCACCAUCUGCUAAUGGAUUAAUAACAAUGGAAAAAUAUCCUCUGAGAAAGACCAGUUCUGGCUCCACAGCAUCACCAACUUCUCCAACAUACCAAUCAAUGAACAAGAAAUACUCAAAUGGAGCAAGUAGAGCAACAUACACCCCCACAGAAGAGAUGGUGGAAAUUUCAACUUCAACCCAUGGCUACAAGCGUAAUCCAUCUCUUGAUGAAGAGGACGAUGAAGCAAUGCAAUACACAAUUUCAUUUGGAGGCAUACAAGAUACAUCGGAGAUCCCUGGAAUUGGUCAAUAUGAUGAUUUCCACACUAUUGAUUGGCAAAGGGACAUUGCAAGAGAUCGUAUGAGGCACAGACAUUUAGUUAAGAAGAAGCAGGAUUCUAUUUGGAAUUUGGUCGAAGGAGCCCAUGAUGCAUGGUCUGGUUGGCUCUGUGUCCUGCUGGUUGGUUUAUGUACGGGCAUAGUAGCAGGUGUUAUAGAUAUUGGUGCUAGUUGGAUGACUGACCUCAAGUUUGGUAUUUGUCCUCAAGCAUUUUGGCUCAACCAGGAACAAUGCUGUUGGUCAUCUAAUGAAACAGGUUUUGAUAAUGGAAACUGUUCCCAUUGGUAUACAUGGGCAGAAGUUCUAGGACAGAAGAAUGAGGGAUUUGGAGCUUAUACAAUUUCAUAUUUAUUCUACAUUAUGUGGGCCCUUCUCUUUGCAGCUUUAUCUUCAUCUCUUGUUAGAAUGUUUGCCCCAUACGCCUGUGGCUCUGGUAUACCUGAAAUUAAGACGAUACUCAGUGGUUUUAUCAUCAGAGGAUACCUUGGAAAAUGGACCCUCAUCAUUAAAAGUGUUGGUUUAAUUCUUUCUGUAUCCUCUGGUCUCAGUUUGGGGAAAGAAGGUCCCAUGGUUCAUAUAGCAUGUUGUAUAGGUAAUAUUUUAUCAUAUUUAUUCCCGAAGUAUGGCCGAAAUGAAGCUAAGAAAAGGGAAAUUUUAUCUGCGGCAGCUGCAGCGGGUGUGUCUGUUGCUUUCGGUGCACCUAUUGGUGGCGUCCUAUUCAGUUUAGAAGAAGUAAGUUAUUAUUUUCCAUUGAAAACCUUGUGGAGAUCCUUUUUUUGUGCUCUAAUUGCCGCGUUUAUAUUGCGUUCAAUCAAUCCGUUCGGUAAUGAGCAUUCAGUAUUAUUUUAUGUCGAAUAUAAUAAACCUUGGAUUUUUUCCGAAUUGAUACCCUUUAUUGGUUUGGGUAUAGUGGGGGGUGUAAUAGCCACCCUGUUCAUAAAGGCCAAUUUGCAUUGGUGCCAGUACAGAAAACGUUCCAGACUCGGUAAAUAUCCGGUUACAGAGGUACUUGCCGUAACGGUUAUUACUGCCAUUGUAGCUUACCCUAAUAGGUAUACGAGGAUGAGUACUUCUCAACUGAUCUAUUUAUUAUUUAGUCAAUGUGGUAUUUCGAAUGUGGAUUACUUGUGUGAUUAUAAUCGUAAUUUUACCGAUGUGAAUUCUAUUGAAAUUGCUGAAGCAGGUGCUGGAGUACAUAAGGCAAUAUAUUUACUUGUAAUGGCGUUAGUUUUGAAACUGAUUAUGACAGUUUUCACGUUUGGCAUUAAAGUACCUUGCGGACUGUUCAUUCCUAGUCUUUGUUUGGGGGCUAUUGUCGGGAGAAUAUGGGGUAUCGCAAUGGAACAACUAGCAUUUUACUACCCCAAGAAUUGGAUGUUUACGGGUGAAUGUUCCACUGGUGACGAUUGCAUCACACCUGGGCUCUACGCCAUGGUGGGUGCAGCCGCAGUUUUAGGUGGAGUUACCAGAAUGACGAUAUCUUUAGUCGUCAUAAUGUUUGAACUCACUGGUGGAGUGAGGUAUAUUGUUCCUUUGAUGGCAGCUGCGAUGGCGAGUAAAUGGGUGGGGGACGCUUUGGGAAAACAAGGUAUUUACGACGCCCACAUAGCCUUAAACGGCUACCCCUUCUUAGAUUCCAAAGACGAGUUUCAACACACUUCUUUGGCUGCAGACGUUAUGCAACCUAAAAGGAACGAACUGUUGAGCGUUAUAACUCAAGAUUCGAUGACUGUGGACGACAUUGAGAAUCUCCUGAAAGAAACUGAGCAUAACGGUUACCCAGUCGUGGUUUCCAGGGAAAAUCAGUAUUUAGUCGGGUUCGUUUUACGUAGGGAUCUCAAUUUGUCCAUAGCCAACGCCAGGAGAAUGAUUGAAGGUAUUAACGGGAAAUCUACGGUUUUGUUCACUAACGGAAACUCUUCCCAAAAUUUGGGAUCCUCCCCGUUGAAACUUAAAAAGAUAUUAGAUAUGGCACCCAUUACAAUCACGGAUCAGACGCCCAUGGAGACCGUUGUGGAUAUGUUUAGGAAAUUGGGGCUCAGGCAAACUCUAGUCACUCAUAACGGACGUUUGUUAGGUGUUAUCACUAAGAAAGAUGUUCUGCGACAUAUAAGGCAGAUGGAUAACGAAGAUCCUAGCUCUGUUUUAUUCAAUUGAUCACUUUAGAAGUCUGAAAUCUAGUUUUUAGAUAUUUAUUUGUAUUGUUUUGUUGGAUAUAUUGCUUAUAAAGAAUAAAUAUUUUAUUAUAAGCUUA